AUGGGAAGUAAAGAAGGAUUUGAUGAAUAUAUACUUGAUUCAUUUCGAUACAUUGGAGGAAGAAGAUUUCAUAAUGUAUUUGAUGCAAAAUAUUUCUUUCCGAAUGAUAUUGGAGAAGUUGAUCGUCUGCAAACAGAACAUUAUUUAUAUCAACAUAUUUGGAAAGGAAAUUUUUCAUCUCCUGUUCAACAGACUUUAAAAAAACCUGGUGCUACUGUUUUGGACGUUGGUUGUGGUCCAGGUUCAUGGGUGAUUGAUAUGGCACGCACUUUUCCAUCGGCAAUAUUUGUUGGUUUGGAUAUUUCUCCAAUAUUUCCUUCUGAGAAGCAAAAACCACCUAAUGCGUCUUUCCUUCAAUUAAAUUUAUUAGAUGGUCUUCCAUCUCUCAGUACAGCAUUGGAAGAAUCUCAAUGGAAAGAUGUAAUUCUAGAACUUAUUAGAAUAACUAAACCUGGUGUCCAUAAAUUUCUUGCCAAGUUUAAUAUAAAUUUGGAUGUUUGUCCCAUUAUUGAAAAUGGUCUGAGAAAUAAUAAACAACUUAAAAACGUUGAACAUAAAAGAUGUUCAGUUCUUGUUGGACCAUGGGGUGGAAGACUUGGUGAAAUGAUGACCGCAAAUAUUAUGAAUAUUAAUUUAGCUGUUAAACCUGCUUUAUCACAAUUUAUGGAGAUUACUCAUGAAGAAUUUGAUAAAAUGUUACAAUUAUGUCGUUCAGAGAUUGACUCAAAUAAACAUUGUUUAAAAAUUUCUAGAAAAGAAGGUGUACAAGGAGUGGGAGUAGUUGGAGAAAUAAGAGAAAUAGUAGGAGAAAUAAGAGAAGUAGUAGUGGAAGAAAGAUCAUAA